AUGACAUCUAUGGAGAGACCCCUAAAGUUUAAACAAGCUGGUACUGCUGCUUCGUUAGGAAGAGAAACCAAACGAAGAAGAAUAAGUAGUAGAAGAAGAAGAAGAAGAGCGAUUCAUAUCCCCAACGAUAUUGUAGAAGAAGUUCUCGUGAGGCUCCCGGUGAUAUCGGUCACCAGAUUCCAAACUGUGUCGAAAGACUGGAGAUCUCUGAUCAGGUCGAGGGGUUUCGGUGAAAGAUACGCAUCUUAUCACAAUAACAAGAACCCUAAACUCUUGUGUGUGUGCGAUGAUUUAGUGAACCGUGCGAAAAACACCCUUCAUUCAACGACAAUGACACUGGAGACGAUGACGGCUUCUCGAGACCACCGCUACGUACGGUCAGAGAAACUCAAGAAAUUCACAGGGUUUCUCGAAACCUCCGAGAGCUGCGACGGUCUUGUCUGCAUCUACGGCAUGACAAUCCCAAUAAAACUGAUGAACGCUGCCUCUGGGAAGUCAACACGACUCCCUCUAGCGAAUAUUCAGCGACUUCAUAUUGACCAUCCGAACCCGCAACUGAAGCUUGUUGAGGAUUUAUGUCAAGAACCAGAUCAGUUCCGUGCUUUUACUCGGUUAGGGUUUGGGAAAGACACCGUUACGGGAAUAUGUAAGCUUGUUUGGCUAUAUAAUAAAUAUCCUCCUGCUAGUACUAGUUCGACCAGUUGUGAGGUUUUGGAUCUUUUUGAGGAUAAGAUCAAAUGGAGGUUCGUGAGUACUGCCGCUCUCGAUCAUCAUCACGUCUCGGAUAGUCCGAGGCCAGUGUUUGCAAACGGAUCCUUCUACUGGCUCACUGGAGAUGGAAAAGGAUAUCCAACAACACAAACCAAACUCAUAGUUUUCGAUAUUCAUACAGAGAUGUUUCAAGUCACGGAAACGCCGCCUUUCGUAAAGCGUGACGCGUGUGGCGACAAGAUUGGUGUAUGCAAUCUCGAUGGUUGUCUCUGCGUUUCUGAACUGAAGGCGGAUUGUAAGCAAGAGUUUUGGUGGAGGGUUAAAGACCAACUGUGGGAGAAGAUCUUCUCGGUUGACUUGAAUUCUACUUCGACAUGGUUUGGUGGUGUCACAUCGCAGCCUCUCACGCCCUUGAUCAUUUUGAAAGACAAAAAUAAGGUCAUCCUCUCGCUCAGCUAUCAAGAUAACCUUGUGUCCUUUGAUCUUGAUCCUCACUCGACUGUUUAUCAUCUGUAUUUAUCUGGUUACUACGGUUUAGCUGUUCCUUACUUUCCAAGUUUAUUUACUAUCUUGUAA